AAAAGGCGUUCGAAGGGACUUCAAUUACAGGGUGGCGAGUCUCAGUUGGGGACGGCGUGGUGGGCUUUUUUCAUCAACCGGCAUUGGGGGAAACUAAAGAGUGUCUGAAUGAAUGCUAAGGAGAAAAUGGAACCUUUAAGCAUCCCAGCCACACCAAGAGCAGAGUUGUUAGCAGAUGAACAGUGCUUCAUGAGCAAGUAUAUAUCUGAGCUGGGUUUUUCACCAGCUGAGUCUGCAUUCAGUCCAGCCCACUUCACUGAUUCUUUGGAGCUACAGGGAAGCUUUCAUGAGUUAGAUAAUAUUGUCUGCUGGAGUGAUAACAUGGAUCACUGUAUUGCCUACCUCAAUAAGGAAUUAGUAGCACUGGGCUUCCCUGCCCUUUAUAAGGAUGAUGGUUCCGGAGAUGGUAUUGAGCACGGCUUUGACCUCCUGGAAUUGGUUAAUGGGGCUUGCAGACUGCUGAAUCUGUACCAAAGUGCAUCAGCCAAGCUGGGGGCCAUGGAGGCAGAGAAGAUGCGGCGGGAUGAAGAGCAGGAUUAUCUGAGGGAACAGCAGGGUAAACUCAAGGAACGCGUGGAAGUACUUGAAAGGGAAAUUGCAAUUGUGCAGAAUAAGGAACAGCAGCUUCAAAGCAAAAACAAACACUUGAACGAUAUGCUAAAAGAAGAGAAGGAGGAGAUCACCAAGCUCCUCAGUUCUCUGGCUAAUCAGAAGAACCAGCAUGGUCAUGAAAUGAAGAGGAAGGAACAAGAACUGCUUCGAGUGAAAGACAAGAUGAGCCAGAUAUUAACUCACAAGACAGACAAGAGAGGAACAAUUGAAAUUCUCAAUGCUCUUCCUCGGAUGGAUGGCAGGAGGGCCACUUGGAAAACUGGGAGAUCCCUGGGGAGAAAGGAGGAAGAGCUCUACCGCAUCCAAUUGGCCAAGCAGGAACAACGGGAACAGAGCCUGGCUUUUGAGAAUGCCAAACUGAAACAGUUGCUGAACGAAGUGACCCAAGAUUUGGAAGAGAUGCUGGCCACCGAUGGGGGCAGUGCCAGAGGCACAGAGCAAAGUUGUCCGUAUAAGUCCUUCCAGGAACAGUGGGGUAGGCUCAGAAAUACCAUAAAAGCUGUUCAUAACCAAGUUCUUGAUUGCCAAAUGUCUGAGGGAGAUGGCCCAAACCCUGUGGUCAUUGUGACAGAUCAUGACAAGGAAAUAAUGAAACUAAAGAAAGAGAUUGAAGAGAGCCGAGGGCUGAUUGCAUUGCAGCAGCAGUGCUUCCAGGAGCAAUUGAUGUCUGCUGCCAAUUCAGAGCUGCCUGCUCACUUGAAGGGCUCCUACUUCUUAGAGGAACAACAGCUGCUACAGAAGGAGCGAGAGCUGUUUGAGGAGCAGAAACAAACGUUUGAAGUGGAACGGAAGAAUUUUACUGAAGCAGCCAUUCGACUAGGAUGGGAGAGGAAACAGUUCGAAGAACAGAAGGCUCAGUCCCUGAAGCAAGAAUUUUUGAAGUCAUUGCCAAAGCUAGACAGGAGAAAUACUAAGUGGCGACUUUCUGCACCACUUCCUCUUAGAGAAGAGCAUGACUGUGAAGAGUCACCCAGAGUAAAAAAGUGGGCCAGACCCAUCUGUACACCAUACCCCAAGUUUCGUAUCACACCAUGCCAUACCCCAACAGACCUCUUUAGAAGAAAGCAGCUUUCCUGUAAAACUAGCAGCCCUGUAACAGGCAAGGAGCAUAUUCUUUCAGACAACUGGCCAAAUUCUCCACAACAGCUCAGCAAAAGAAGAGAAACCUACCAACAUACAGCUUGCCAAACAGAAAUAGUUGUGAAGGAUGAUCUCCAGAAUGAUAGUUUGGAUCGCUUCCUUAACAGUUUCUCCUAGGGAUUUCUUUCACCACACUCUUAUUAAUUUAGUUUCAAUGCAUGUUGUCAUGAAGGCUGUAUCAAAAUGUAUGUUCUAUUCAACUAAAAUUGAAAAACGUAUUUCCUUCUUUUAGUUGUGUUUUAGAUGUAACAUAUUGCUUCUACUUUAAGAAAGGUCAACAGAAAUAAAUGCCUAUACUGGGAACUGUUGUUUGACAUGCAACUGAAUUUUAUUACAGCACAGAAUAUACAAGUGAAAAUAGUCUUUAUGAACAUGCUGGGUUAAAUUUA